AUGGAAAUGGAAAACUUCGGUCACCAGUCAAAGCUCCGGAAUCUUGCUCAACAUUCGAGUAAAGCCAUCGAGCUUCAGAGAGACAUCGAGACGAAUUCCGUCGCGAACGCGCCCUACCCGAUGAACAACUCGGUAGAGCUGGCUUGUUCGACACUAAGGGAGCUGCAGGAACAGGUCAGCGACGAACCCGAGCUCGUUCGUGGCACCAAGGAGUUGAUCAACUUCAUGCAAAACCUGCGAAUAUCUCCACCAGGACCGACAGCCGACGAGCAAUUACAGGCACUGCAUCCUAUUCGUCACUGGGUGCCCUGGCUUCCAAGAUCGCUCAUCCGUCUCUCCGAUCGCGAACCGCUUGUCCUGGUUUUCCUUGCACAUUACCAUAUGGUCGUUUUGGCAGUUGAGUCGAUUCUGCCAGCCGCGCCCAAUUUUCUCCUUACGUCCAAGCGCGUCGAAUUCAUCGAACGACUUGAAACAGCAAUCGGCCAAGUAUACAGACCGACGGAAAAGUUGCCAAAACAGCCGGGUACUCGAAGACGCAGAGAGAGUCUCGAGAACCUGAUGUCUGGUCCUGCGGCUUUUGCUCGGCAGUGGAGACUGACGAAUCUGCUGGCCUCGGAAUGCGCUCCUUUGUGGGGAUCUUCCCAGUCCGCGGAUCAGGGCACAGAGCCGCAGUGGCAGGACCCUGAUCCCGUCGACUUCACUCUAUACAAGUACCAAUAA